CAACUUCGCUGUGAAACACCCAUGAUGUAGUUCUAUGUAGUUCUUGCCAUCCCAAAGGGAUCGCAAAGACGUGUGCAAUGAGGCCCACGAGGAAUUGGCGACACACCUGGUGCUUCCUGUGCUUCGCGACCGAGGCGGUGUAUCAGGGUGUGACGAAUGUGCGCUUUGACGACAGCGAAGAUAGUUAUGGCAUGAUCGGAGGGACCAUCAGUUGGACCUUGCCCGAGAACAUGGAGAAUGUGGAACUCUUUAUGCCCUGGCUGGGCGUGGAUGACACGGCAGAGUUCCAGAAGCGCGCCACCGGGAUGUCUUUGUUUAACGUCAACAACAACAUCUACGCCUAUGCGCCCGAGACGGAGUUCGUCGCCCGCCCCACCAACCGUGUGCCUCCGUGGCCGGCCUUCUUCCCGUACAACGGCGAUGAGCCGCUGCUGUCCAUCCAGGUGCACACGCGCAUUAGCGGGAACUGGCAGACAACGGAGGAGCUGGAAGAAGUCUCCAAGAUGGUGAUUCAUGAUCUUGGUUGGACAGGCACUUCAUUGCCGAUCACCAAAGAGGAUGUGAUCUUCACGGACCAGGAUCUUCGUUGUGGCUUCCUGGGUGGGAGCAUCCUCAUUUCGGUGCCCAGUGGCACGGAUAUGGCCAUGGUGCAGUCCUGGCGGGUUUACCUCAGCGAGGAUUUGCAGGGCAACAAUCCCAGUGCUGUGUCUUGGGACCUUCCAGUCAGCUUCAAUGCCAUGGUGACGCUUCCGGCAGACUUCCAACAGAAUCAGAGCACGGUACUGAAUGUGGCCGGGCUCACGGACAACGGUGAGCUCACGCUGCGGAAGCCGAUCCUGGACGAUUGUGGUGGACUCCCUGACUUGCCGUUCAACAUGAGCUUCACCGACCAGGAUCCUGAGGCGGAGAUGAUCAACGGCACCGUGUCGGUGGAGAUCGCCUUAGAGUACUCAGAUCAGUAUAGCUCCCUGAACUUCUUCUUGGCCUUGAAUUCGACUGGCUAUGGCCGCUUGUACCUUGGGCAACUCGAGCCCUUCCAAACGCAGCUGCAGGUCCUCACAGGGACGCGAUUGGACAGCCGUGACCAUUUGCUGGCGUACUUGAACAACUCGUACGGUGAGCAGCUGUUUCCGAGAUUCUUGCGGAUCCAGGAUCUGAGCAACGCGGCGCCGGGAGCCUCUUCAAAGGUGCGCUCGAUGAGCUUCACCGACGAGAACCAAUUCUAUGGGGAGAUUGCUGGGAUGGUGCGCUGGGUGCCAGGGUCAGUGACCGUCGCCCGGUACUUUGCCAUCUACGUGGCGCAAAACUCCAGCGGGAAGAACCAAGUGCAGGUGAGCCCAGAGGUUCCCGUGGACCAGGGGGACGAGUGGUACAUUAACGUGAGGAGCACCCAGAGGUGA